AGGCGCCUCCUCAGUGUUCCGCGGUAACGAAUAUAGCGAGCAUCGUGUCGACUAAAAAUCGCAGGCGUAGAGAAUCGAGUCGUACAGAAGAACAAGAUCACUUUGUAAUCAAUCGAUAAAAUGGAGUUUUUAUCCUUGUCCCUGCUCCUCCUCGCGAUCUCGAUUGUAGCCUACUAUUACUGCUUCGUGAGGAAAAGUUUCAAUCUGUUCCAAGAGCACGGCAUACUUCACAUCCCGCCGUCCCCUCUCGUGGGUAAUUUGGGCCCGUUGAUCAGAGGAAAGGAGAACAUACACGACACUAUUCAGAGGAUGUACAACAUCCAUCCUGACGUCAAGUACGUGGGUAUAUUCGAGCUUCUCACUCCCGUGAUAAUAAUACGGGAUCUGGACCUGAUCAAGAGCAUCACCAUGAAGAAUUUCGACCAAUUCCCCGAUCACCGCCCCAUGUUUUGCAAGAGCGUGGACCCGAUGCUCGGCGAGAUGUUGUUCAUGAUGGACGGGGAACAAUGGAAGGAGCACAGGAACAUGCUCACGCCCACCUUCACCUCGAGCAAGAUCAAAAAUAUGUUCUUGCAGAUGUCCAAGUGCGCCAAGAGAUUCGCCCAUCACCUGUCCACAGUGCCCGAGAAGGAGAGGGAAAUGGAGAUGAAGGCGUUGCUCACCAGAUACACCAACGACGUGAUCGCGAGUUGCAUCUACGGGGUGAACGUGGACUCGAUAAAGGAGCCUAGGAACGUGUUCUACAUGUACGGCAGAGUGGGCGCCACUCUGAUAGGGUUGAAGAAGAAUUUCAAGAUACUCGUGCACAGGAACAUGCCUUGGCUGGCCAACUUGCUCAGGCUCAACAUAUUGGAGAGGCACAUAGCGAAAUUUUUCACCGAUCUCGUGGUGGAGACGGUCGAGGAGAGGGAACGGAACGGGACGACGAACUCGGAUCUGAUCCAAUUGAUGAUGGAUACGAGGAACAAGAGGGAAUCGGGUAAGAAGAGUCUCACCGUUCAGAACAUGGCCAAUCACGCGUUCAGCUUCUUCUUCGGCGGCUUCGACACGGUCGCGUCCCAGACGUGCGUGCUUCUCCACAUGCUGGUCGAGAACCCCGAGGUCCAGGAGAGAUUGCAGCAAGAGAUCGACGAGACGUUGGAGAGGAACGACGGCCAAUUGUCGUACGAGGUUAUACAAGAGAUGAGAUAUCUGGACGCUGUGAUAAACGAAAUUCUCAGGCUGCAUCCGAUCGCUGUUUUCAUAGACAGAAUGUGCGUCAAGAGUUUCGAGCUGCCCCCCGCGUUGCCCGGCGACGUGCCUUUCACCGUCAAGCCGGGGAUGAACGUGUGGAUCCCCGUCAAAGCGAUCCAUCGGGAUCCCAAGUACUACGACGAUCCCGAGAAAUUCAAGCCGGAGAGAUUUUUGGACAAUGGGAAGAGCAUUAUGAGCUCGGGGGCGUAUCUCCCGUUCGGGAUCGGGCCCAGGAUAUGCAUAGGGAACAGAUUCGCGUUGAUAGAGAUGAAGGUUUUGGUCUGCCAUAUUCUUGCAGUUUGCGAUAUAAAGGCUGGACCGAGGACGGGGAUCCCGUUGGAAUUCGAGAAAGGCGUGUUCAACGCGACCGCGAAAACUGGUUUUUGGCUGAAGAUCGAGCCCAGGAAAUAUUCUUACCACUCCGCUCAAAUUAACGGGUUGGUUAACAACGACGUUAUUAACGGUGCGUGUAAAACAGGGAUUUGAAACAGGAUGAUAUUCAAUUGUUUGAAUCGGGAGUUUUGAAUUUUUUAAAUGUGUGGAAAUUAUAUUGUAUUAUAUUGUAACGGUGAUUCGAUUCAUUUAUUGUGAGAUACACGUUUGGUCGUGCUUUUUUUCUUUUUAUUGUUUACUUGAUAUUUGUACGGAUAAAAUAAAAAAAAAAGAAACUUUUGUGUAAUUCAUAUGGAUUACACGAUUCAUCUUUCCAUUAUUUAUUAAUAUCAUAAUAGAUCAAACAAACAAACAAGAAAAAAAAAUGUUAUUAUUCUUGCAUAUUUAAAUUGCUUGGAUCGAAAUUAUACUUUUAAAUUAGAAAAAACAAUAAAUACGAUCAUAGCUGAUAAUUAAGGAAAACUUUUUACGCGUUCAAAAGAAACCGAAAAUGAAUAAAUGAAUAAAAUAGGAUAUAAUUGUGAAUUGUAAAGUGAAAAUGAAUUUUACCUUACAUUUUUCUGAAGAAUUUCUAGAUCCUUUUAAAAAUUAUCAUAUUUCGUUAUCGCAUAUUUCUCAUUCAAUGUACAAUGUACAAUUCGAACGAAUAAAUUAAUAAAUAAUCGUUCAAUAUAUUUCACGCAAAUAUUGCUAAUUUUUAUCUUGCGAGUAAAUAUUUGCGAUUGAGAAAAAUCUGUCUGUAGAGUAAAUUGUAAAUUGUUACUAUAAACAAUAGUUAUCGCAGCGAUAUGUUUGUUCAUUGAUAAAAGUGUCAACAACACGAUAUACAUUUCUCCAGAUAAUAUAUUACAUGUACAUAUGUAUAUACGUUAUUUGAACACGUGCAAUUUGUUACCUCUAUAAUUCCACUGCUACUGUUUUAUCUUACGAUAUUACUACAUGUAUAUUAAAUUAUUACGAUUAAUUUUGUUUAAUUAUAUAAUAAUACAUAAAUAAUAUAAAUAAUAAAAGUCAAUAAAUAA